UCUGAUUACUUCUCAAACACCAAAAUAGUCUAGCCGAAGUUGUCGAGGUUGCCCGCCUGUCUACAAUCAAACAUAGGUGUACUACAGUAUUAUAGAACCUGUGAGUGUGAUUUCACCGACAAGAUUUCCAGACGAUGAGCCUAUCCAAACUUGUCUAUACCCAUUACCCGCUACAACAGAUAACCACAUGCGUGUGUUUCAUUCAACAACUCUACAUCCAUCUACACAGCCACUCACUCAAUGGGCACAACCUAGCCUUCAGUCUGCGAUCUCAUGUUACAUUAUCAGUCAGCCUGACCUAACAUGAACGCCAGACGCUCAGAACAGCGUGUGGCUCUAUGUUCAUCGAAUAUGGGCCUCAUGCUGUACGCUGCGCUAGUCGCUCUGUUUGCGAUGCUGCUGUUACAUCAAGUUUACGCUUCACCGAGCACGUCGUUUGUCGCAAGCAUCCACAACGAUUCUAUUUUUGUCAUUCUCUCACCUAUCAAGUUGAGACCGAUCAUCAUUGACGUUCUGGAGUACUUUUUGUUAUUGUUGUCACGAGCAACCAGUAUCAAACCUCCAUCAGCAUCUGAACUCCUCAGCUCGGGUCUCUCUAUUCUCACACGAGAGAGCUUGGAUAAAUUGGUCUCUACCGCACACUGGGCAACAGACAAACUCUCCUCCUCCGAGAUUUCUUACAUGGUAACGGUCGCCAUAACCUCCUUUCUCACCAAGUUCUUCCAAGUCGCAUAUCUACGGGUCUUCAUCAGCACAGCCUCCCUGCUCCUUUCGGUCGUCUCAAACUUGGAUUUUCCAACAGAGCACAACUCUCUCCGCGCAGCGAGACAGCAGUUCAAGUACAAAAUAUGCGCUUUUUGCUGUGUCAUCUUCACCUCCAUCGACUACAUAGCAUUUCACUUUGUCGGGAUAUUCGCCCUACGUGAUGUGGCUCAUGAGUGCUGGGGACUUGAAGGCAAAAUAGAUUGUAGCUCUUGGUUGGUGGUCGGCUGCAAUACAGCGGGCGUAGCGAUGGCAGCUGUUGGGUUCUAUACGUCGGGAAGAUUUAUUUGGGAUGGGGCAACGAAUGUUUUAGAGAGUUGGCAGUUUGUUGAGGUUGCGCGUGAAGAUGAGGCAGGCAGGUCGAGGUUUGAUCCUGGUGCAAUGGAUAGGGCGGUCAAUGCUAUGAAGCAAAGGGAAAUGUUCAUGAAGGAUGAGAGGGAAGAACAGGUAAAGGAAGAGGCCUUGGGGGAAAUAAUUCGCCUGUAUGAAGCGGAUGAGACGCAGGUGAAUGAUACCAAUCAACCAAAGGAGACCCCCGACAGCGGAUUGUAAGAUUGGGUCUUAGCAUACGGAUAAAAUAUGGCAGUAAACACUUGCUAUUCCUAUUACAAUAUCAAGGGCAGAAUAGAGUUGGCCGUCAC